AAUUGUAGGACUCUCCAGCAGAGAAUUCUCAGGACUGUCCAGAAACUACACCUCCCAGGAGUCUUUGGGAGACACUUUGGUAGUUAAGACUGGCAUGCAGCCUGGCAACCAGAAAAGAAGCAGAGUCCUUCCUUGGAAAGUGCCAAAGCAAACAAGAUGAACCAGGCCCAGAGUAUGCUGAUCGACGGGCUCACCAGAACAAAGCAUGUGGCCAGUGCGGCCCUCUUCAGAAUCGAUGAUGGAAAGAUCUUGGCUACCACUCCAGGCUUCAACAUCCACUCGCAAGCACCAUUCCUCAUCGAUGCUUUCUACAAGAAUUUGUACCGGGUGAGGAGGAACGGCCUUUACUUUAAAGGCCAGCAUUACAACUGUGUCCGGGCUGAUGACAACGCUAUCUAUGCCAAAAGCAAAGAAAACGGGGUGGUGGUCGUGAAGACCAAAGCGUUCAUCUUGGUCGCUACGUACACUCAGGGCAUGUACCCCAGCGUGUGCGUGGAGGCCGUUGAGAAACUGGCAGACUACUUCAAGGAGAAAGGAAACUGAGACUUGCAAG